UCCUCCUCACUCAAGCAAGUUGGGCUCAUUUAAAGCCGAGCCAGGCGGCUGCAUGAUGUCACAUCCGUGGAGUAGGGUCUUCUGAAGGAUUUACUCUGUUUUUCGCCGCACAAACUUUUUUCCCCUCGCCAAGGUUUCCUCCAUCUCAGCCGGGUGCCACGCGUGACGGGCACGAGUGAAUGGACGUGCCGACCUCCUCUGGCUUCCCUGGAUGUUUAUGUUUUUUCCCCAGAAUAGUGGACGCGGUGGUCAAAGGUGCACGAAUUUAAAAAAAGAGAUAAACAAAACAAAACUUGAGAUCCUUUGUGAACUGGGGCCGUUGAGGUGAAACUGCUGCAGAAUGUGGUCGCUGACCGUGGUUCUGAAUCCAUUGCUCUUCCUGCUGCUGUUCGGAUAUUGUCCUACUGUGACUAUCAGGCCAAAGGAGGGUUGGCAGGUGUACAGCUCAGCUCAGGAUGCAGAUGGGCGCUGUAUAUGCACAGUGGUGGCACCUGAACAGAAUCUUUGCUCCAGAGAUGCCAAAGGCAGGCAGCUCCGCCAGCUCCUGGAAAAGGUACAGAACAUGUCACAGUCAAUUGAGGUGCUGAAUCUUCGGACUCAAAGAGACUUUCAGUACAUCAUGAGGAUGGAGAGCCAGAUCAAAGGGUUGCGGUCAAAGUUCCGGCAGAUCGAGUCAGACAGGAAGACCGUCGCCAACAAAAACUUUCAGGAGCUGAAGGGGAAGAUGGAAUCCCUGCAGCCACUUAUCCCCGUCCUGGAGCAGUACAAGACAGAUGCCAAGCUAAUCUCCCUGUUCAAAGAAGAGAUCAGAAACCUGUCCAGUGUGUUAAUGGGAAUCCAGGAAGAAAUGGGUGCCUAUGACUAUGAGGAGCUGCAGCAGAGAGUCCUGAACUUGGAAAACAGGCUCCACAGCUGUAUGAACAAACUCACAUGUGGCAAGCUGAUGAAGAUCACUGGGCCACAGACAGUAAAGACAUCAGGGACCAGAUUUGGUGCUUGGAUGACUGAUCCAGUAGCUUCUCCAAAAAACAACAGA